AUGCCUCGUCUUGCCUUGACUUUUACCCCCCAAGGGUUUCGAGCUGUACCAGCUCGAACAUUCGUAACUGGAGGCCGAAACCUGGCUUCCUCGUCGAGCAAGGACAAAGGUCCACAGAAUUCGACCCCAAGCUGGGAAGGUCGACACGGGGACGACCACGUCCUACAUAGAGAUGACCUCGACGCACAAUCCAAGCCGUCACACCAAGCGAGAAGUGAGAAGGCGCAGGGCGAAUCAGGAAGCGGCGCUAUCAGCGAGAAGGAUGAAAAGAACGCAAACCAGAAGGCAAAAGAAGACCAUCCAGAAGCGCCAGGUCCUGUAAUAGGCAUGAAUUCUGAGCGAGGCAGUAAAGGCCAAACAUGA